CUCGCCUAGAGAACUGCGAAGGAGAAGCUCACGGGCCAUGUGGAACAAGAUGGCGUUGUCAUCUCGUUUGUUUUUGUGCAAUCGUUUUGGCCGAACCGCAGGCGCCCUCCUGUUCAAUAAUAUACAACCGACAGUCACGCUUCCCUGCAGAUGUUAUGUUGCCGUUAGCCACCGAAAUCAGUUGCAGUUCAAACUGGACGAGCGUACAGCCCACAGCAGUCUCGAUCUCUUCAAGAAAGACACAGGAGUGAUUUACCGAAUGCUGGGCCUAGACCCCAGCCACGUCCAGGAUUCCCCUCUGCGGUUUUGGGACUGGGCCGUCGUGUUUGCUGACAGCCAUGUUACCUCUGGACGUCACUACUGGGAAGUCACGGUUAAAAAGUCACAGGAGUUUCGCAUCGGUGUUGCAGAAGUUGCCAUGUCUCGUGACGAGUGCAUUGGCACAAACUCGUCCUCAUGGGUCUUCUCCUACACGCACAGUAAGUGGUAUGCCAUGACUACCAACAAGCAGGUGCCUGUGUCACUGGUGGGGAAGCCAGAUCGAGUGGGGCUGCUGGUAGACUUUGAGGCUGGCAAGCUCAGUUUAGUAGAUCCCCAGAUUGCAAAAGUGGUGCACUCGAUAAAGACUCAUUUCCCCUCGCCGAUCUGUCCAGCUUUUGCACUGUGGGAUGGCGAAAUACUCACACACUCUGGGUUGGAGGUGCCAUCAGGGCUUAAUUAGAGUACACACUCCUCCUCCAACCUUUUUUGGAUCAACAUAGCAAUAAGCAAUGUCUAUGUACCAAGUAAAAUGCAGUACCUCAUGUCCCUGGAAUAUUCAGAGUUAACUGAGAGUCUAAGCAGAUCUCCAAAUAAACCUUGUUGGGAUAAUAAAUACUGAUGAGCCAUGGGACUGAUUGUGCAUAUUAAUGAAACAUUAUUUGGCACAUUAAUGCAUGUAUCGUGUAUCAACAUUUAUAUGCUGUUAUACACUGGGUUCAGCAAAACUCUUACAUCUUCUACUGAUUCCUGAAGAUAAUGUAUGGCAAUGUACAUACGUUCAUAUCUCUCUACUCAUGCUAUCUCUGUGUGCAUUUUCAUGAUGUGUGCUCAAUAAAAGAGACUGUGUGGCAGUGA